AACCCAACAACAAAGUUUUAUUUUAUCUUCUCUUGUUCUUCACGCUUCCAAACUUUGCCUAGCAAACUUAAAUGAUAUAGUCAUAUAGACACAAAAGGUGUCUCGAGAAUAGGAGUAAGAAAGAAGAGAACAUGUGUUUGGAGCUUGUGUAUCACGAGGAGAAGAGGGAGCUUGGAAGGCAACAAGCACCGGGGGUGUGUCCAUACUGCGGCGGAAAAGUGUCAGCGGUUGAUAUCGAGGCGAAGUGGUUGUUCUGUUUCUUACCACUCUGUUUCAAGGUCAAACGCAAGUACUCUUGUUCUUCCUGUGAUCGUCGUCUCGUCUUGUAUUAUUGAAGAAACAGAGCAAAUCAAGAAAGAAAAGAACAGAGGAGAACUGAAACUGUUAUCUAUUUUAUUUAUUUGUUUGUUUCGCUCCUCCCAAUAUUGAUGUUUUUGCAUAUUUUUCCCUUUAAUUUGUGGUUUGUUAAAAACACCCCUCAUGGUGGUGACAUUGGGUAAACUCAUUGAAUUUUUUCAAUGUAAAUAAUUUCGUUGGUUCUGUUUCGUUGAUUA